ACUUCCGCCCCUCACCAACAUGGCCCCGGGCCGGGAGUGCGCAUGAGCAGCUGUCUAUGGAGAGACUCGGGUCGGGAGAGGGAGAACACGGUCGGGGGGAGAUCGGCGGCUGAGGCGGCCUGGGCCGUCUAGGGAGGCUGUUCAGCCCAACACUCACUGCAAACUCCGUGAUUUCUACCAGGACUUAGUAUUCAGGCCUGUGAAUCAGGAGAUACGAAGACUCCAAAAAAAGGACCAGUUCCUCGGAUGUGCCCCCUCACAGAGAGAUGAAGGGGCAGCAGAAAACAGCUGAAACGGAAGAGGGGACAGUGCAGAUUCAGGAAGGUGCAGUAGCUACUGGGGAGGACCCAACCAGUGUGGCUAUCGCCAGCAUCCAGUCAGCUGCCACCUUCCCUGACCCCAACGUCAAGUACGUCUUCCGAACUGAGAAUGGGGGCCAGGUGAUGUACAGGGUGAUCCAGGUGUCUGAAGGGCAACUGGAUGGCCAGACUGAGGGUACCGGCGCCAUCAGUGGCUACCCUGCCACUCAGUCCAUGACCCAGGCCGUGAUCCAGGGUGCUUUCACCAGUGAUGAUACGGUUGACACAGAGGGGACAGCUGCUGAGACGCACUAUACUUACUUCCCCAGCUCUGCAGUGGGAGAUGGGGCAGGAGGUACCACAUCGGGGAGUACAGCUGCUGUUGUUACUACCCAGGGCUCAGAGGCACUACUGGGGCAGGCAACCCCUCCUGGCACUGGUCAGUUCUUUGUGAUGAUGUCACCACAGGAAGUGUUGCAGGGGGGAAGCCAGCGCUCCAUCGCCCCUAGGACCCACCCGUAUUCCCCGAAGUCAGAGGCCCCCCGGACGACUCGGGAUGAGAAACGCAGGGCUCAGCACAACGAAGUGGAGCGCCGCCGCCGAGACAAGAUCAACAACUGGAUUGUGCAGCUGUCUAAGAUCAUCCCAGACUGCUCCAUGGAGAGCACCAAGUCUGGCCAGAGUAAAGGUGGGAUCCUGUCCAAAGCUUGUGAUUACAUCCAGGAGCUUCGGCAGAGUAACCACCGGUUGUCUGAGGAGCUGCAGGGGCUCGACCAGCUGCAGCUGGACAAUGAUGUGCUUCGACAGCAGGUGGAAGAUCUUAAAAACAAGAACCUGCUGCUGCGGGCUCAGCUGCGGCACCACGGAUUGGAAGUCGUCAUCAAGAACGACAGCAACUAACCAUGGGGAUGUGGGGGCUUUGGGCCCGGGAACUGCAGCUAGCCCAGGAGCAACAGGCCAAUCCCACGCCCCUUUCCUUCACUGCCCACUUCCCGGCCUGGGCCUGGGGGGAGUUCGGAAGCCGUGUCUCUGAACUGAGGCCCUGCGCCAUGGCAGACCGCAGUGGUGGGAAACACACAGUGUGGACCUGCCCUGACCGCCUUGCCCACCCCCUCGCCAUGCAGCCCCCCGGGCCCUUGUGCUCCUCUUGCACAAUGCAUGUGCUGUCCCCACGCCGGAGACUGGACACACGGAGCCGGGGGGAGGGGGCCUGCCCUGCGCUUGCCUAGAGUGCCCAGCAGAGGACCUGCUGACCGAGAGCUCUGGUUUGCCACGGGCCUCGGGCGCUUCCAUUGGUCCCUUUCCUGGAGCUGAGGUUCAGCUUUGUACUCGGCGGCUCUGAGGAACAGGCUCAAGUAAGAAGUGGGGUUAGGAUGCUCAGCAGUGGCUGCUGUCCCACAAAGAGGAGGCUAGCCAGCAAGCAGUACGGCCUAUGCAGAAGUCUCUGGAGCCAGGGAGGACAGCAGGCAAGGCCCACUUAGGGCCUUCCCCCUCGUGGGGUGGUUUUGUUCCUUUUUUUUUUUUUUUUUUUUUAAAGAUAAAAUUGUUCAGAGCCACA